AUGUGCGGUUACAAAGUUCACACGCGAGCUGUUCCUUGGAACGAUGCACGAAUGCCUCGCGAAGAGGAGGGUGGUCACUUGGCCAUUCUCAACUCCAUAGCCGAAGCGAAAGUAGUCACUGAGUUGUUCAAAAAAUCAUCUCCAAUCACUGGAUCACCUCAUCCGGAUUUUGCCAGUAUUGGAUUUCACGAUCUUUAUCGGAAAGGCCAAUAUGUGACCAUUCUCGGUCAGACGUUGGCGAAAGCUGGUUUCGGCGAGUGGGCAGAUGGACAACCAGACAAUUCGGGUGGUGCCGAAAAUUGCGGAUCAUUGCACAAAAGUGGCGGACUUAACGAUAUCAAUUGCGGUACACAGUUUGGUUUUACAUGCGAGUUACCAAUCUACUGA